CGGGUGCCCCGAUCCUGCCGGGCGAUGGCGCGUGUGCUGAGCCCACGGCUCCGGGUGCCCGGGGGCCCGCUCCGGCCAGCGGGGAGGUGGGACAGAGGCCCUGGAGCUGGCCGCGCCCCCAGCCGAGGGUGCUCGGCCCAGACCCGCUUCAAUCCCCUCAACAUCCAGAUGUUGUCCAGGAACCUGCAGGAGCAGAUCUUCCGGGGGGUGCCGGAGUGUUACCAGGAGGAGGACGUGGGGCGCAGCAUCAGGCACCUUCAGAAGCACAAGCUCUGGGGCCUGGACUCCCCCCCGCUGCCCGACGUGGAGCUGCGGCUGCCCCCCAUGUACGGCGGCAACAUCGACGAGCACUUCCGCAUCCUUGCCAAGAAGCAGAGCCUGCCCUACCUGGAGGCGGCCAGCUCUCUGCACUGGGCCGCGCUGCCCCCGCUGCCCGCGCGCUGGGCCUGGCAGGAGGGCUGGACGCGCUACGGCCCGGGCGGCGAGAGUGCCGGCCUGGAUUUCCCGGAGGAGGCGGCGCUGGUGUUCGAUGUGGAGGUGUGCAUGGCGGAAGGACACUGUCCCACGCUGGCGGUCGCUGUGUCCCCCACUGCAUGGUAUUCCUGGUGCAGUAAGAGGCUGAUUGAGGAGCGGUACACCUGGUCCAGCCAGCUGACCCUGGCCGACCUCAUCCCCCUGGAAACUGCUGCCAACUCCAGCCGCCCCCCCGCAGGGCAACAGUGGAGGGAGAGGCUGGUGGUGGGGCACAACGUCAGCUUCGACCGGGCGCACAUCAAGGAGCAGUACCUGAUCAAGGGCUCCAGGAUGCGCUUCCUGGACACGAUGAGCAUGCACAUGGCGAUCUCCGGCCUGACGGGCUUCCAGCGCACCCUGUGGAUGGCCAGCAGGCACGGCAAGCGGCAGGGCCUGCAGGAGGUCAAGCAGCACAUGAAGAGGGCAGGCAGGCGCAGGGAGGGCCCAGCGAUCGGCGGGUGGGACUGGGUGGACAUCAGCAGCAUCAAUAACCUGGCGGAUGUCCACGCUCUGUACGUGGGCGGUGACCCCCUGGAGAAGGAGGCCCGUGAGCUCUUCAUCAAGGGCAGCAUGAGGGACGUCCGGGACAACUUCCAGGAGCUGAUGCAGUACUGCGCUCAGGACGUCCAGGCCACGCACCGGGUGUUCAGGGAGCAGCUGCCCCUGUUCAUGGAGAGGUGCCCUCACCCUGUGACGUUUGCAGGGAUGCUGGAGAUGGGUGUGUGCUACCUGCCCGUCAAUCAGAGCUGGGGCCGCUACCUUGAGGAGUCGCAGAGCACUUUCGAGGAGCUGCAGAGGGAAAUGAAGAAGUCGCUGAUGAACCUGGCCAACGACGCCUGCCAGCUGCUGGAGGGAGAGAGGUACAAGCAGGACCCCUGGCUCUGGGACCUGGAGUGGGACGUCCAGGAGUUCAAGCAGAAGAAGGCGGCUGCCAGGAAGAAGAAGUGCACUCCGGCGGACGCGGAUGUGACCGCCGUGCCGGCCAGCCCCCCAGGAGACUGCGAGGAAGAUCCAGGCCCCCCGACGGAGGAGGAGGAGGCAGCGCCCUCUGCUGGCCGCGUUGCAUUGGAGCGGCUGAAGGAGACGGUGAGCCUCCUGCCCAAGAGGAGGCAGCACCUGCCCGGGCACCCAGAGUGGUACCGCAAGCUGUGCUUGAGGCUGUCGGACGCGGACUGGUCGCCGGGGCCCAGCCUGCUCAGCCUUCAGAUGAGAAUCACCCCGAAGCUGAUGGGCCUGACUUGGGACGGCUUCCCACUGCACUAUUCAGAGAAGCACGGCUGGGGCUACCUCGUCCCGGGACGGCAGGACAACCUGGAGCAGGUGGAGGACACAGACGGGGCUGUGUGCCCGUACGGGGCCAUCGAGAGGGAGUACCGGGAGCACUGCGAGCGCAGGGGCAAGGAGCAGCCCCCCCGCCUGGACGCCCCGCUGUCGGACAGCUACAUGUUGACGGACAGCAGCCUGUGGCAGACCGUAGAGGAGCUGAGCCGGCUGGAGAGCGAGGAGAAUGGGGCUGAGAAGCGACCCAGAGCGAAGAGCAGAAACUGCGGGAAGGCAGAGGAGCUGACGGACCCUUUCUCCAGCAAGAGCCAGCCUUCCUUUCACCAUGGUAACGGGCCCCACAAUGAUGUCAACGUCCCUGGUUGCUGGUUUUUCAAGCUUCCUCACAAGGAUGGAAACGAGAACAAUGUGGGCAGCCCGUUCGCCAAAGACUUCCUGUCCAAGAUGGAGGACGGCACCCUGCAGGCGGGGCCGGGAGGGACCGACGCGACGCGCGCCCUGGAGAUCAAUAAGAUGAUCUCCUUCUGGAGGAAUGCGCAGAAGAGAGUCAGCUCUCAGAUGGUGGUGUGGCUGAGGAAAGGGGAGCUGCCUCGCACUGUUACCAGGCAUGCCGAUUUUGACGAGGAGGGUCAGUACGGCGCGAUCUUGCCCCAGGUCGUCACUGCUGGCACAGUGACACGGAGAGCCGUGGAGCCCACCUGGCUGACCGCCAGCAAUGCCAGGCGUGACCGGGUGGGCAGCGAGCUGAAGGCUAUGGUGCAGGUGCCCCCAGGGUACCACCUGGUGGGGGCGGACGUGGACUCCCAGGAGCUCUGGAUUGCCGCCAUCCUGGGGGAGGCGCACUUCGCCGGGAUGCAUGGGUGCACGGCGUUUGGAUGGAUGACUCUACAAGGCAAGAAGAGCCAGGGUACCGACUUGCACAGCCGCACUGCAGCAGCUGUGGGCAUCAGCCGAGAGCACGCCAAGGUCAUCAGUUACGGCCGCAUCUAUGGCGCAGGGCAGCCCUUCGCCGAGCGCCUGCUCAUGCAGUUCAACCACCGGCUCAGUCAGGCGGACGCUGCUGCCAAGGCCCGGCAGAUGUACGCCGUCACCAAGGGAGUCCGCAGGUACAGACUGUCCGAGGAGGGGGAGUGGCUGGUCAGGAAGCUGGGCCUCACUGUGGACAGAGAUGAGGAUGGCACCAUAUCCCUGCAGGAGCUUCGCAGGAUCCAGCGGCUGGCCAGCCAGAGCUCCGCGGGGCGCAGGUGGGAGGUGGCCGCUCAGCGGCUCUGGGCGGGCGGCACCGAAUCACAGAUGUUCAACAAGCUGGAGAGCAUCGCCCACUCGCCCGAGCCCUGCACACCGGUCCUGGGAUGCCGCAUCAGCAGGGCCCUGGAGCCCAGUGCAGUGAAGGACGAGUUCAUCACCAGUCGAGUGAACUGGGUGGUGCAGAGCUCAGCGGUGGACUAUCUGCACCUGAUGCUGGUGUCGAUGAGGUGGCUGCUGGAGGAGUACGACAUCGAUGGGCGGUUCUGCAUCAGUAUUCACGACGAGGUGCGCUACCUGGUGCGCAGCGAGGACCGCUACCGCGCUGCACUGGCGUUGCAAAUCACCAACCUGCUCACACGCUGCAUGUUCGCCUAUAAACUGGGGAUGCAGGACUUGCCCCAGUCUGUGGCGUUCUUCAGUGCAGUGGACAUUGACAAGUGCCUGCGUAAGGAGGUCACGAUGGACUGCACCACCCCCUCCAACCCCACAGGCAUGGAGAGUCGAUAUGGCAUCACUCCGGGUGAGGCCCUGGAUAUUUACCAAAUUAUUGAGAUGACGAAAGGCUCCCUGACCAAAGGGAAGUGACUAGUGAAAUCAUGACUGCUCUGGACCUGAACUUGUCCAACUGCAGCCCUUUCUCUGCGUCUAAGAUCCUGGGAGUGGAAACUGGGCAGGAAAUAGCCAAGCCUGCUGUGGAAGGACACCAGUGCAGGAGACCUGCAGUCCUACACAACUGCCCACUAGUGAACAAAGUCCACUAAGAUCCUGAUGCACACUCAUGUGGUAUUCAGGCAGGGAGGCACUGUGAAGUCCUUGAGUAAAACUGAGGGGAUCAAGGGUGAAGAGCUCGGGCCUUGACCAGCUACUCUUCACUGCAGGAGACCAAAAUAUCUGAUGGUCUAAUAAAUGUUCAAACACAAGCAACACAAUAUAACAGUGAGCCAAAAUGAUAUAGAAGUGUGUGUAGACUUUUCUCUACAGUAUUUACAUACUACAUGUAAGAAAGCAGGGAGUUUAUGUAAAUAACUUUAACAUUUAUGUAAUAUAGAUGACAUGAUUGCUGCUGCGCAGGACCCAGCUGCAGUUGUUCUGAAGAUACUUCUCAGUUCUGCAGCUGGAAGAGCUCAUGGCUGAGCCCCCAGUCCAUCACCUAGACUCAUUGCAUGUUCACUGCUUCCUCCUCUUCUUCUUCUUGGGUUCCUGGUUCUCAGGAGGCUCUUCAGGAGCAUCAGCCUGAGAAUAAAAGCAGCACUCAUGUAAAUAUUGUUUAAUAAAUACUAUUUAUUAAGCAUUA